UUUACUAACAUCUUCUCUUUAAAUUCUCCAGUCAAGUUUAUACAUUUUUGUCCAUAUAGAAUGAAAUUUUUACCAUUAUUUAUAUUUUUUGUGGUAAUAUGUUCCGGUAACUGCAGUUUGCUUCAAAAUUACACAGCUAAUCCUGAACAACUGAUCAAAAGUGUGUUAGACAAAGUUAAUAGUAAUGAAUUGGAACUCAGCUUGGACUGUGUUGCUCAACUUUUGGAAUUUCUGGGAAAUCUCGCAAGUUUCAGCGAUGGAUUGUGGGCAUUGAGAAUGAUUGAUGCUACAGCAAAAGUGCCUGCUGGGAUUGCAAAAAUAAACUGGGCAUGGUUGGGAAACUAUGACGAAUGUUUGGAAAUAAGUAACGGCAAUCGGGAUGUUCUAGGAAGUUACUGCCUCAUAUCAAUAAAUAUAGAAGGAUAUACCACAAUGGAAAUGAAAGCUAUGGAACGGCAUCGUCUGAUUGCUGAGCAUAAAAGACUAGGCAAAGAGUUUUCCAAUGUGACAGUCGCAUCAUUUUUACCUGCCUAUGGUGUGUGUAUUCCAAACAAAUGUGCUGGAGAAAAUCUACAAGCAAUAAUAAAUAUCUUUGACGGAUUAACAUCAAUUCCAUUCGACAUCAUGUGUCAAUCAAAGGAAGACAAAGUGGAAUUAGAUCAAGGUGGAAUAAUUACAAUCGCGUUCUUUGGAGCAAUAAUUGCUAUAAUGGUAUUAUCCACAUUAUAUGAUACAUAUUGCCAAUUUCACAAACAAGCUAAACCACAUCCAAUUCUGGCCUCAUUCUCUGUAUAUACGAAUGGUAAAAAGUUGUUCCACGCAACAGAAAAAACCGAUUUGUCUUGUUUAAACGGCAUAAGGUUUCUCAGCAUAAUGUGGGUUGUUCUUGGACAUAUGAUGUCACUUACUGCUUCAUCUGCACUAGAUAACGUAUACGACUUGUACGAGUUUGUACAAGGAACGAGAAGUCUAUUUUAUGUUAACGGAACUCUGUCAGUCGAUUCGUUCUUCUUCCUGUCGGGUUUUCUACUAGUAUUUGUUUUCAUGAAAGCUAUGAAAUCUGGAACUAAAUUUAAUAUAAUUUAUUUCUAUGUCCACCGCUAUAUCAGGCUCACUGUACCUUUUAUACCUGUAAUUCUAUUUUUUGCUUUUCUGGUAAAAUAUCUUGGUUCUGGACCUUUGUACCCAGAACUAGACGCAUCUUUAGGACACCUAUGCAGAAAAAACUGGUGGAAAAGUUUAUUGUAUAUUCAAAAUUAUUUUGUGCCUUAUGAAUUGUGUAAUCAACAAACAUGGUAUUUAAAUGUCGACUGGCAACUUUACCUAGUAUCCCCUAUAAUGCUAUAUUUCCUCUACAAGUUGCCCCUAAUUGGGAUUCAUUUAGUAUGCAUAACUUCACUGGCUUCGAUGGCCGCUUCUUUCUUUAUAACUAGACAUUACCAGCUACCUGCUUUGCUCUCCAAUUUAAGAAACUUGGUGGACUACAAUACCAAAUACUACAUGCAGACAUAUACCAGAGCAGCUCCAUAUCUAAUUGGUGCAAUAGUAGGAUACUACAUAUCAAAAGUCAAAAUUUAUAAAGAAAUUGAUUUUAAUAAAACUCCAAGAAUCAUCAUAUACAGUAUCUGGGUUAUAGUCCUUACAGUUAUGCCGGUUUGUGUAUUUGGUGGAGUAGAUCAGUUGAAUAAUCUUGACUACGAUGUCGUCGCCAAUUCUCUUUAUAACACAUUUGUAAGACCGACUUGGGCUGUAUGUUUGGGAUGGAUAGUCAUCGCUUGCAGCAACGGAUAUGGAGGCAUUAUAAACAGUAUCUUAUCACUACCAAUUCUCCAAAUUCUUAGUAGAUUUACUUAUUCAAUAUAUAUGCUGCAUUUAGGAAUAGCUUACAUCGUCAAUCUAAAUGUCAGAUCGCCUAUUCACUUUACGGAAUUUAAUAUGCUCUACUCGUUUUGGCCUUUAUUCAUGUUAACUUUUGGACUGUCCAUCUUCUGGGUGCUCGCCUUCGAAUCUCCUAUAGUUGUAUUAGAUAAAUAUUUGUCAGGACGCGGUAGAUCGAAAUCAAACGAUCAACAUUUAAAACAAGUUAAAGUUGGAAACAGUUAGAAAAAACAUUAUAUGGUUAUAGUUGUUAGUUGAUUUCAUGACAUUAUUUAUUUAUAAUCAUCCUCAAA